GAUAUCUAGACGCCAAAAUAGACGACAGAAAGGAGCAUUAUCUUGCGAAGACGAUCUCAAAUUCUACCGCGGCUUGCUGCUUGGAAGUUCCAGCGCAACAUGCCUGCUGAUUAUUAUACAAGACAUUCGGAUGCCACGACGGCGAGUCGAGAUUCCUUUGGCGAUUCUACAAUUUCGGACUUUGAUCCAGAGCACGAAGCUCUCGCGUCAACUAGACAGAUCGAUAGCAGCCACGAGCUUCCAGAGAUAAGAGGAAGCGCAAGGAAAAACCGCGACAGCGACGCGCAGGACGACGCUGAUUUCGCGAUCGACACGUCUGCAUUGCACCGGGCUUUUCCCGACUUUUCCCAGGUUCACUCUUCCGAAGAGGACGACGACAUGUCCAUUGAAGUCGGACGAGGAGCAAAGACGACGGCUCGACAGCUGGACGACUCGAGGACGUCAGUCAUGAGCUUCGAGAACAGUGUCCGCUCUUCCUCCCCAGCGGUGAAGCUGGACUAUCCCUCUCCACAGGCGCAAUCAAAGCUGAGAACGCGCACUACCAGCAGACGCGUCACUAGCGGUGCUGACAACCUCCGCAAGGAUGCUCAGCUCAGACGGGCAAGCCAAGCGCAGAAAGAAAAUGUUGAGCCUCAGGUUGUCCCCAGACCCAGGAAUCCUACACCCGCUACUGCUCAGGGUAACGACCAGCGCCGGACCUUGUCAGACAUUCACGCCAAGGUUCGUGACACAUAUGAUGGCUCAUUUAUCGCCGACGAACGGCCUUCGAAUGUCCCUGUGAACAAGCGGACGACGAGAUUCGGAAGUGCACGGGUCAAUGAUAUUCAGGCAAGAGUUGCCGAAGCCGUUGACAAAGCAUCCUACGACGUCUAUGGAAGGGACAGCCGCGGUGCCAGGAUGGACUCCAACACGAGAAACUCCGCGAAUUUCACGCAGACAUCCAACACCUUUGCAGACACUGGCACUCACCAAUCUUUCCUCCUUCCUGACCUUCCAAAUCUCUCAGAGCUCGUGUCGGGUGUGUAUGAUAAUGGGACACCGGUGUUCCCGGGAAAGAAUAAAUCGCGAACAACGCGUUUUGUCUCCCCACCACACGACGGUGGUGAGCCAUCGUACGUUCACAACCACAGACCAGUGGACGCUGUUCCUAUUCCAGAGGACGAAAAAGCAUUAUUUGUCUCAUUGAGGCUGCUGCAGGAUAAGGUGGCGGAGCUGGAGCUUUCCAGGUCAGAGACAGAGAAGAGACUCGAAGACAUGCGCGAAGAAAACGCGAUAUUGAAAGCAGACAAGGCCCGACGCCAAAAAGACCAGUACAACCGCCUAAGAUAUUAUGGCAGCGACGAAGACGAAUACGGGCACGCCAACCGAAAACUCAGCACCGAAAAGAAUCGACUCGAAUCUGCCAACUACGCAUUGCAGAAUAGCCUCGAGAUUGCCAACAGAAAAGUCGAUGUACAUGAAAGCGCUCUUAAGACUCUCAAGCGUGAACACGACAUGGCAGUCUCCCAGCUGGGAGUUGCGUAUCUUAACUCACAGGAUUUGAAGGCAGAGAAUGAGUCCUUGAGACAGGAAAACGCGGAACUCAAGGCUCAGGUGACGAAAUUGCUUGCUCUCACGCGAAAGGGCAAGGCCCGUGAUGAGGGUACUACCCGCUCGGAGCGUGGAAUGGACGACGAAGAAGCUGCCGACGACGAGGGGAUGUAUACUCAGCAAAGCGCUGACACGACUAGACAAUCUUUGGAAGAGCCGACGAAGCCUGUAGCUCGUAGAUCGAGCUCCGCAAACCGACAGGGCUCUCAGGCAAAGGUGUCGAAGCAGAUUGACGAGGAAAUUUCCAGACUGGAGAAGGAGCAACAAGAUGAUGCUCUUUUCUCUCUUGAUGCCCCUAGAUCAAGCCAUGCGGCAUCCACGUCCAAGCCCUCGAAGGCAGCUAGCCGCUCACGGGAGGCCUCCCAGACAAAGAAGCCGAAUACGAGCAAGCAAAGAGUCAAGAGGGUCGUGGUUGAAGACGUGGACAUUGACGAGCCAACCUCGGUUAACACGGAAGAUACUCGGGACCAGACUGGCGCUGAUGAAGACCUGACAUUGUUGAGCUUCAUUGAUGGCAAUGAAAUAGCCCAGUUGCGCAAGACACUUGAAGAAGAGAGAGCGGCGCGCAAGCAGCGACUAUCUGCUGCCGUGAGAGAUCACACGGCGGAUGAGAGUCGUAACGCUACUCGUCCGGCAGCUAUUCCCUCGCGGCCACGUAAGUCGUCGCUGAAGGAGACGAAGCCAUCUUUUACCAGACGUGCCUCUACUGGUGACGCGACGGGGAAGACGAUCGAUGACGGCAAUAAGGAGCUGCGCGUACCGACUGUCUCUGAACGUCACCGCCGCCAUUCUGAUAACUCCGUGUCGACUGUGCGACGGCGGCGUCCCACCAACAAUGGGGAAAUGACUUCCGCCUUCAUUAUCCCUGAUAUCACUCUGCAUCAUUCAGACCCAGAACUCGCGAGGACUGAGAAACUGUCCGAAUCGGCAAAGCGUGUGCUGGAUACAGUUGCGAAGCACGACGGGACGAACUGCACUAUCUGCAAACGAUUUAUCCCUAGCGGUGUCGAGCAUUCUCACGGUGAUUCGUAUCGUCGAGAAAGCGUCACCAUACCCAGGCCUGUGCCUGUCAGCGACCGUAUUCCGAUGUCCAAUUCCUACAACGAAGAGCACACGUUACGACCGUCACAGCCGCCAGCCAUUGCCCUAGCCACUGUUUUGAAGACUCUUGAGGACGAACUCUCGCACCUUAAGAUGCUUCUUGCCAGAUACCAAGCUGCAUACAACAGAAUGGACGCGUCUCUCAGCAAGCGGCAAAGGAAGAAAUUGUAUGAGAGGAUUGAGAAUACAUUGAAAGAUAUAGAUUCGAAGUCGGAUCAAAUCUAUGCUCUCUAUGAUGUUCUCGAAGGCCAGAAGCAGAACGGCCAGCUCAUGACGGAGCAGGAACUGGAGGUUACGCUCCAGUCUAUCGGAAUUAACGUCGAUCAACCAGCGCCUGGGGCAGAUAAUACGGGUCUCAGCAAUGGAUCAUCUAAGAGGAACGUUGGUGUGGAAAACGAUGAUGACUAUGAUCCGGACGAAGACGAUGAACUUCCUUGGGAGGGCAUUGAGAGUACAGGAGAGGUGACGGGUCGCAGCUUUGGCGGCCGACGUGACAUUUAAUCUGAUUUUUCGAUUGCAUUGGGCUGAUUGCAUGGCCCGGUUUUUGUUCUGGAUGGGCACAUUAUUAUCUUCUUCAGCGUGCUCUUCUCUUCUAGGACUUCUUGGUUUUCGUCCGAAGGUGUUGGAUUUUCUUGCUUGCCGUUUUUGUUACAUUCACGA